AUGCCUAAAACUACCACAAAACAAAAUGAAUAUUUAGAAGUAAUUAAAAUUUUAAGAAAUAUUCAAAAAGAUCAAGCUUCUCAAAUCGAAGAAAUUAAAAAUAGAAUAAUUACUACUGGUAUUAAUAUAAGUUUAAAAAAUUAUAAUGAUUUAGAAACUAAAUUUAAAGAUGAAAAUAUUGAAGAGGUAGAAGAAAUUGAAGAUCGAAAUUAUUGUAAACAAUAUAAACGAAAACUUUAUUCUAAAGAAGAUUUUGAUAAUAAUGAUGAUAUCAUAACCGAAUCAACUACA